AGCUCGCGACGGAGGGCGUAUGUUUACAUUCGUGUGUCAAGACAGUCGAAGAAGGAAUCAGCUGACUGGCACUGUGGCCUUUGUUGACACUCCUUCAGGCCAUGUAGAGUUACACCUUUGACAGAAGGCCGUAGACUGACGCUGAAGGAUCGGACGGAAGAGCGAUCUUUCAGGCUUCGAUAGGAGGAAGAGGAAAGAUGAAGCGCAGACCAAUCGUGACCUAUGCCGGAGACAAUGCACUUUUCACAGGCCUUCAGGCUGGCCUGGUUACUGCGCUGCCUCAGGAAAGUGUGGAGUGGCGACGCUCCUAUGGGCGUCCUUCCCGGUGUGUCCAUGUAGAAGUGGACUUUGUUCCUUUUGCCGAGGAAUGCCUUGUGAAGGAUGUCACAAGGACGAUUCUUGGCCAGCCUAUCUUCCACACCUACUGGACUGAUUGUGCUGAUGUUGAAGCUUACAAGAGCAGUACGAGGGACAACCUGCAGGCAUGGGUGACAUCGCUGAGGCAACAGGGGAUUACAGAUUGGAUGGUGGUGUUGCUGGAGACACCAGACACACGCAAAGGAAAUAAAUUGAUCCCUCGAACCACAGUCCUAGACAAGAUUAAGAAUGACUUUGGUGGAAAACAAGCUGAAAGAUGUGUGUCUCUGAUUGACCCUUUGAAGACGGAUUCAAGAUCUGUGGAAUCCUGGCAGACUCUGCUCACAAAGAUGAGGCAUUUGCUAAUGGUGGCAUACAAUAGGGCUCUCAAUAAGUUUGAAGAGAACAUGAGAGCAGAACGUGAACGACGAACAGAAAAAUCUUGGUCAUUCUGCUCAUAUUUUCUUUUGCAAGAAGAAUUAGCACAAGUUUUCCAGUUGCUAGCAUUACAUGAUGAAGCCUUAGUGCAGUAUGAUGAGUUAGAUGCACUCUUUACACAGUUUGUGCUGAAUUCUGCUGCAGGAGAUACUCCACACUGGUUAAGCAAUUUCAGCCAACCAUGUGAGAAGUGGGAGGGUUUGCACCUCACUCCAGAUCUAGAUGCUGUCAUUCAGGGGAAGAUUCGUUCCAAGGAUGUUACCCUACUAGAGUUUCGCAACUACCUCUUUCAACGUCAGUGUGCUCUGCUCUUCCUCCAGAACAAGCCUUGGGAGGUAGCCAGCCGUGCCCUGACUUUCCUCCAAAAUACUCUGGGAGAACUCAGCAUCCUGGAAGUUACAGUUGCUCCUGGAGGCAUUGCCUGCUGGGGUGUCCUCUCCUGUUUGGAAGUUAUAGAUUCUCUACAAACCUUCAAGGAGCCAUCUACUACAGAUGCACAUGCUCACCACACUGCCCCACUAUGGGCCUAUGCCAGAGAUAAGUUACAGGAGUUAGGGAGCCUAUGUGGGCUGAUGCCAGGAUGCGAGACCAGUAGCUCCCAGCUCCACACUGUGAUCUCACUAGUGUGUGGGAUGGGCAAUGACCCUCAUGCACAUGACUACCACCAGGAGGAUGAACCUGUCCAUGACACGCCCAUGACAAGGCUCAAAGAUGCUCUCUCUUCACCACAGGCAUACAAAAAGCAUUACCUUGACUUAUCUGAAGUGGCCAUCAGCACCUACAAGCACAUUGGUCGAAUCAGGUCUGCAAGGCUCAUUGGCAAAGAGCUGGCCACGUUCUACAUGGCACAGGGAGAGGCACAGAAAGCUGCAACUUUCUUAACAGACCAACUAACCAUGUUUUUAGAAGAGAGAUGGUUGCUCUUGGCUGCUCACACACAGCUCCACUUACAGUUAGCUGGCUCCACCCACUUGGGACAGGAAAUGAGGGAGGAACAUUUUGAGAAGAUGAAGACUGCCUUAAAGGAUGUUGAAGAUGGAUCAUCUCUCCUGAUACCCUGUGAUAGAAUAUUUGAGGUGGAGGGCCUUCGACUGGUCUCAGAGGACCGCAUCAUACUGGAAUCAGAUGUUCUGGUAGAGCUUUCCAUCACAAGUAAACUUCCAAAUACAGUUAUGUGCAGCCAGGUAUAUGUUGUGUUACAGCAUGUUAAAGAAGAAGCUAGCACACUCAAGACCAUUCCCGAAUUAGAAAGGAAAUCAAGUUCAUCAAGCUCAGCAUCACAGCCAAGCACGCGCAAAUCACAAUCCUCAUCUAUGGUGCACAGGAGCAGCUCAAACUCGGCUGAAGUAGAGCGAAAGAGCCUGGCGAAUGAGGCAGCUGCAGCAGAGACAGAAAUGGCUAGGCUGAAUCCACUCACACAACCUCUCCAUAUGAGCCUCCAUCUGGAGUACAAGCAAGACAAGUCUCUUUCAUCUGCCUCCAUAACUUGUGUUAAUUCUCACAAAGUACUCAGAAGAAGAGACAGUCAAGGUGGAAUGUAUAAGGUAGACCGUAGUGUUGCUAAGGAACAACACAAAGACAAGCUUGUGGCCAAAGAUGUAGUUAUUGCCCCUGGGAAAAAUACUAUCACAUUGUCCACGAAAGUGACCAGUAAGGGCUGCUACACUGCCAGUCAAGUGGUUUUAGCAUUAGAAAAGCUUGAAUUUAUCUGUGGCAAGAAUCACAUUGCAGGCCCUCCAUUGAGCCUAGAGGUUGUAAGUGAGAAUCCUCGUAUUUUCCUGGGUCGCAGGGAUCGUGAUCUUUUGGCAGGACUGCAUCAGCCAAUGGUCCUCACAGUGCACAGUGGAAGCUGGCACAUCAAGCAGGGCACGGCUGUCAAAUUACGCACUUCACGAGGCCUUUUGGUGAAGCAGGAAGAUGAAGGCCACAAAGAGGACCAGCUUGAGAGAGAGAUAGAGAUCUUGCUGCCGGAGGUCACUCCCUUCUCCUCAGUGGCUGUCCCUCUCAUUGUCUUAGCUGUGCUUGGGCCCCAGAGAGAUGCUGCAACUGUAGAACACACGGUAAAUAUCAGCAGUGUCCUAAUUGAACAGAGGCUUGACAUUGAUGUGCACUUCAUCCCACCAUUCAUGUCUUCGCACAAGUUACACACGGCCAACACAUCAAAGUUUGUUCAGGUGACAGUGACAGGACUAGUAAGCCGUGGAGUGGAGUUAUCUGAGCCAAGAAUAAUGCUGGUAGAGCCGUUAAACCACGUUGAGCUGAAGCCCCUGCACCCUGCUUCUCAGUCCCUGGUUGUGUGCACGGAACAGUCGGCAAGCUACAUGUGGGGGGUGGAAGUUAACUAUGAGCAGGAAGGGACUCCUUCUCUCAAGCUGGAGUUCAAGACAAAUUACCGCCCUCUGGAUGACCAGGGGCAGCCGCUACAAGAGGAAGUUCGGUGCUAUUCAUGCCCCUUUGACCUGGUUGAUUACAAGACUCUGUAUACAAUUCGUGCUCGGGUAGAACCUAGCAAGGGAUCAGAGUUGUGUCGUGCAGGCAACAUGUGCCACCUCCACAUUGCGCUGCAGCAGGUCGCCUCACCGGCCUGUGCCACACCAGAAGAUGGAGGGGACUUGGCCACACAGCAGCCAACAGCACAUUCCAUCAUGUAUGAGGUUCUUGCUGACCAGACCAUGUGGGCCGUGUGUGGCAGAACUGCAGGUGUGCUGACAUUGGAGGGCGGACUGAGGCAGAGUGUCACCUUGGACGUCAUGCCUUUAACUGGUGGUUUUCUGCCAUUACCAUCAGUGCGACUUUCUAAGUAUAUUCCAGCUGAUACCAAGCAUGCUCCUAGAG